CACUACAAACCUAAGAACGAUUCACAAUGAGGAAAGGAACGAAGAGGAAAACGAGGCACCACGAAGAAGAACCCAAACAAAACAAGAAGCGAUCCACUAAACCAGCUAAGCCUUCCAAACCCGACGAGUACUUCGAGGAUAAGCGCAACUUGGAAGACUUAUGGAUAGAAACAUUCCCUGUUGGAACAGAGUGGGAUCAAUUGGAUUCUGUCUAUCAAUACAACUGGAAUUUCUCGAACCUGGAAAAUGCAUUUGAAGAGGGUGGUGUGCUGCAUGGGAAAAAAGUUUAUCUCUUUGGUUGCACUGAGCCUCAACUGGUUUCGUUUAAAGAUGAAAGCAAAGUUGCCUGCGUACCUGUUGUUGUAGCUGUUGUAUCACCUUUACCACCAUCUGAUAAAAUUGGGAUUAACUCAAUCCAGAAAGAGGCUGAAGAGAUAAUUCCCAUGAAACAAAUGAAAAUGGGCUGGGUUCCAUAUAUCCCCUUGGAGGACAGAGAAAGCCAAGUUGAUAGAGUGAAGUCUCAAAUAUUUAUAUUGCGUUGCACCCAAAGAAGGGCUGGGUUAAAACAUCUGAAAUUGGAUCUUGUAAAGAAAUAUGAGUACUGCUUGCCUUAUUUCUACCAGCCAUUUAAGGAAGAUGAACUGGAACAGAGCACUGAGGUUCAAAUAAUAUUUCCAGCAGAGCCAACACCGGUCUUCUGUGAAUUUGAUUGGGAAUUAGAUGAACUGGAGGAGUUCACUGAUAAGCUCAUAGAGGAGGAGUUAUCAGAAGAUCAAAAAGAUGCCUUUAAGGAAUUUGUCAAGGGAAAAGUACGUGAAGCAAAGAAAGCUAAUAGAGAGGCAAGGGAAGCUCGAAGAAAAGCCGUUGAAGAAAUGAGUGAGGAAGCUAAAGCUGCAUUUGAGAGCAUGAGAUUUUAUAAGUUCUACCCCGUGCAAAGUCCAGAUGCACCUGAUGUAUCAAAUUUUAAGUCUCCAUUCAUAAACAGAUAUUACGGAAAGGCUCAUGAGGUUCUGUGAUUGGAUCCAAGACGAUAAUAACUUCAAAUUUUGCCUGCCACUUGGAGAUUUCUUUACCUAUGAGUAUGAAUUCAGGAGGCAAUCCCCUGGUGCCUCAUUAAAUUUUAUUUACCGAUGUAAUUGUCUGAAGGAACAUACAAUGUUAAAUGUAGCUCAGAAAUCGCAGAGAAGCGAAGAUGUUAAGAUAGGAGGAAUAUAUAUGUUUCUGAUUUCCAAUUUGUAGAGAAUUGCUAAGAUUCAAGAGCACUUCAAUUGGAGUGGCUCUCGCUUGUCUCGGUUUCUCUCUUGAGAUUCUUUUUUACAUUAAAAUUUUGUUGUAUGGCAUAGUUUUCAGUA